AUGGCAGAUCGGACGAACGGACCGACGCUGGCCUGCGGUGGCACAUCGUUGGUGAAGACGACCACGCUCAUCGCGCCGACCAACGCCGGGGCCAACGGUGUAACGUGCGUGUACACCAUCCGCGCGCUCAACCUACGCAUCUGCCAGCUACGACUGGACUUUAACUCGUUCAGUUUGGCCCAACCGACGCUCGAUCCGUACCCGGUCUGCAUCAACGAUGCGCUGACGGUCCAGAACAUGGAUUUCAACCUUUGCGGCGAAAACUCCGGCCAGCACGUUUACGUGCCAUUCAGUCCGACCAGUGCCGAUCGGACGCUAACGAUCACGUUCCGGAUCGCAAGCCGAUCGCACAUCCCGACACUCGGUAACCCGCACUGGAGUGUCCGGGUGCAGCAGCUCGAGUGUCCCGCCGGUAUGCCGAUGGCCAUGCGGGCCCUCCUGCUGCCCGAGCCGCAGCCCCAACCCGAGCCGCAGGCCCGCACCCACCACAACGAUCUGGGUGAUCUGGCCCCGGCCGGCUGUUUGCAGUACUUUAGCGAACCGAGCGGCACGGUGGAGUCGUUUAACCUCGGCAACGGCGCCGGCGGAGUCGGUCCGUAUCUGGGCGGCGUCAACUACGCCAUCUGCUUCCAGCGUGGCCGCACGACUCGGUCACUGCGGCUCAGCAUGUCCACCUUCGAGAUCGCGUCCAGUGCCGAUCCCACCGACGGUAACGUGGGCUUCGACGAGCUGUGCUACUCCAACAUCCCGCUGCAGGUGCGCUCCGAGGACAACCUGCACAUCCCGAAUGCGGUCUUCCAGCUGCCAUCGUUUCCGCUGCUGCGGGCCGAACGGUUCUGCAGCCGCAGCCUGAUGAACGCCAACGUGGACGUGACCUCGCCUGGACCAUUCGUGAUGUACUUCAACAGUGAUCGGCUGUACGAGCCGACGCGCCCAGAGGUGGGCUUCCGCCUGCAGUACCAGGUGCUCUAG